CAGCGGCAGAACAACAACAAAGCCUCAAGCAGCUGUCUCUGGGUGCACGCGCUCGCUGGGAGGAGCGCGAGCUCAGUCAGGGUGCGCUAUGGCUGAGAGAGCGGAUCAGGAGGCUACGGGAACCCGGAGGCCCUCAUCAAUUACCCCGCCGCCGACGUGCUGCCGAAAAACUCUGAUGAAUUAUAAAAGACCGAUGAAGACUUGCGCCACCUUUGUAGCGACAAACGUCGUGUUCUGUUUUGUGUCCUUUAGUCCAUUCCGAGUGGUUUGUCUUCUCUGCUUGUGUCUGCUUCUAUUGCUGCUGGUACAGUUGCUGAAGGACAUAGCCCUUUCCAGGUCAAAAGGAUCCAGUUUAUGGAGGAGUAUGACAGGCAGUUGGGAGCUGGUGGAUUCCAGUCAGGAGAGCAGGUCUGGGGCAGAAGCUCAGCUUACAGACUGCUGGAUAAGUAUCAAGCUGUUCCUUAAGGAGAUGUCGUCUUUCAAACAGCAGAAUCCGGGCAAGUUUUGUCUCCUGGUAUGUAGUUUGUGCUUUUGCCUAGCCAUACUGGGCAAUUACAUUCCAGGAGUCGUUAUUUCAUAUAUUAUAGUGCUAGGCAUUUUCCUGUGGCCUCUAGUGUCAACACAUGAAUUAGGGUUGUGGCUGGAACCAGUUCUGCAGAAACUGAACUUUGGAGUGGGGCACUUCCUGCAAAAGAUUAAAGAGAAUCAUGAAAAGCGAUUGCUCCAAGCAGAGGCUGAGAAAGAAAGCAUUGAAGCCGAUCUGUCCUCAAUGUUCCCUAAGCUGGACUCCACGGUGUGCAGGGAGCUGUCUGUAUCAGACACAGAAGCCUCUGAAGUAACGUGGACUGAUAACGGCACCUUUAACUUAUCAGAGGGACACACACCUCAGACAGAGAACUCAGAGGAUCUAGAUCAUCGCAGCGAAGAGGAAGUGUUCUCAAGUGGCCUCACUGAAUUUCCCUCCGUGGAUAACGGCACAGGGACAAACGGGGAUGAUGAGGACCUGAGCAUCGGCUUGCCCAUCAUGUACGUCCCCCAGCACAGAGUUGCUCAAGGGACAGGUGGAGUGGAUGACGCUGCAGCGACUCAAGCUUUUGGACUUCUACAAAGGAUGGCCGAGAACACCAUCACAGCUGCAGUCACUUCUGCCAUACAAGAAAAGCUGGAGUCAGCGAUUGCUGACAACACAGACAGUGAGGCUGAGGACUUUGAAUUGCUGGACCAGUCCGAGCUUGAACAUCUGGAGGGUGAGCUGGGCUUGGAGAAAGUGAGUGGUAAACUUCAGUCCAAACAUACUAAAAAUGCCGGAUUUUUCUCCAAACUGCUUGGGCACCAGUAAUGACAACAUCUUUGUAAUGGUUCAGAAGCGUGAGCAUAAAACAGUCCUAGAGACUGGGGAAGGUCCAGAUUAAUGACGGUAUUCCAUUUUAUUUUAUAUUUUAACGUUACAAUUUUUCAAUUAAAUCACCUUGCAGUAAAUUCCAAAUACAUAGAGGAAGGAUGCUUCUUGUACACUGCUCUGUGAGGUUUUGAUACUUGCAGUUUCUGCUUUAUUUUUUUAUAUCUUCUUCAUGUAUUUACAUGGGCCCCCUUUUAAAAGAAAUCCCAAGUCUGGUCCCCAUUUUAAAAGAAAUUUUAUUUGAUUUUCAGGCUUGAUCUUUCUUUAAAAAAAGAAACUUUUGUCAUUUGUUUGUAUGGAUUUGUGAUCUAAAACAUUUGUUUUGUGAAUUUUCUUUAUUGGUUAUAUUUCUAUCGGGUUGAAUUCAAUUGGUUAUAUUCAGUGUAAAACUAUGGCCAAGAGUGAUGUUGUAAUACAUUAGACACCAAAUCAAUCCAAACAAAUAUCUAAACAAAGUAGUUUAAAAAAACAUUUUAAAAAUGUGGUACAAUCGGUUAUACCAGGUUUUUCCCCCCAAUGAAUUACAUGUUCAAUUCACAGUGACAUCACUUUCAGACUUCCUUUUUACUUGGGAUGCCAAUUUAACAGAAUGUAGUUCGUUAUAGUUCGAGAGACAGAGAGAGACAGAGACAGACAGAGACACAGUGAGAGUGAGAGAGACAAAGUGAGAGUGAGUCUCAUUAUGCUGCUACCUACUAUAGUAGUCAAUGAGGGAUGUGCAGAUCUUCUCCUCUCAGCACCUUCUUUCCUAAUAGAAUACACAGCUCAAAGGCCAAAGACACAAGGCCUCUAACAAAAUAAGACACGUCAUGAGGGUUUCCACAUGAAUAACUACAUCAUUACCAAAAAAAAAAAACUUUUUAUCUGUAACUCAAGCAGAUAAAUGUUAUGUUGCCUAUUAUAUUUUUAGGUGUUGUAUUUAUUUUAUUUUUUUUAAAUUAAACCUUGUUUUGGAGCUGGAGGUCUCAGUACUAGAGUGUGCAUGAAAAAUCUUUUUAUUUGUAUUUGCACCUUACUUAGAGCACACUGACACUGAGCAUAACAGUUUUAAGUAAAUGAAACUAUUUGGAGUGCACACACACACACCACACACACACUCACAUACAUACACACACACACACACACACACAUGCACUGUCCACUUUAUUAGGAACACCUCUAUACAGUCAUGAAGUUUUCUAAUCAGCCAAUCGGUGACUGUUCUGAGGUCGAAGGAAAGUAGAGACGGAUUAAAGAAACAACAGGAAAAUGAUGCCUCAUUAUAUCCACUGAGGAUUUAAUCAUUACUCAAUGAAGUUCGUUACGUCUAUCUAAAAUGACUUUCUAAAUGUACUAUGAACUGUACUAUGAAAUAAUGUAAGCAGCCUAUAUUAUUCCAGUAACAGUUACUCAAUAUCUACUUUUCUAUUGUGAUUAUUAUGAUCAUCAUUCAAAAAAAAAAAUCAUUUGUUUCAGUGUCAGUGUAAUUCCAAAUGCAACUGAAUGUACUAUUUCUUUCUUUCUUUCUUUCUUCUCGCCUGAUAGAUUACUUCACAUACAUAUUAUGCCUGUGUGAACUGUGUGUCAGAAUGAAAGAACAUGAAAUAUAGCUGUAUGUAAAUGAUCUUACAAGAAUGGGAUUAAAAUAUAAAGAUUUAAAGUUA